CAGGUCUCCAUCCCACCCUCAGCAAUGACCCUGGCAGCUUCUUCUCAGCGCUCCCAAAUCAUUCGCUCCAAGUUUCGAUCCGUCCUCCAGCUUCGGAUCCACCGUCGGUAUCAGGACCCAAAGCUCUCAGUUCCAGACUCGGACCCCUGGAUCUCUGCUUCCGGGCCCACUCUGGCCCAGACCCCAGCUGUGCCCUCCGGCCCUGCCCCUUUCCUCUUCAGACCUGGGGUCCCGGGUCCUGAGCCAGAACACUGCCCGUGGAGGUCUCUGAAGAAGGAGCCUUCCAAGAUCUCGACACACUGGCGGGAGCCGGAGCAACAGGGGAACCUGACGUACCAUCAGUACAUGCCCCCAGAGUCCAGAGAGGGGCCCAGGGCACAUCCCCAGGCUGAAAGGUCAGCCCGAGGUCCCCAUGGGCCACCUCUAUGGGAAGGGGCAAAUUCACAGCAGCCAGCUUCUAGGAUGAAGCCUACUCCUCUUAAUCCCUCCGCACCUGGAGUCCCCAGCCCCUUGCCCCCGGCACACAAGCUGGAACUUCAGACUCUGAAGUUGGAGGAGCUGACGGUCUCAGAGCUCCGGCAGCAGCUGCGCCUGAGGGGCCUCCCGGUGUCAGGAACCAAGUCGAUGCUCCUGGAGCGCAUGCGCGGCGGCACCCCGUCCCGCGAGCGGCCGAAGUCGCGGCGCGAGGACAGUCCUGCGGGUGGUCCUUGGCCGCGAUUCAAGCCCAAGGCCCCUGGAGCCUCCCGGCGGCCGGGCUCGUGCAAGUCCAGAGCCCCGUCUCAGCCGCCACCUCUUCCACGUGCCACGGAAAACUCAGUGACAACUCCGGUUCCGACUCCAGCGCGGGCUCCAACUCCGCCGUCCGAGCCGACGCUUCCCCCGGCACCGGCUCCGAAGGCCCUGACUCUGGAGGAGGAGCUGCAGGAGGCGAUCCGCAGGGCGCAGUUGCUGCCAAACCGGGGCAUCGAUGAUAUCCUGGAGGACCAUGUGGAACCGGAGGACCCACAGCCCCCCAUCCCGCUAGACUUCCCUGGCUCCUUUGAUGUGCUGUCCCCCUCCCCGGACUCCGAAGGCUUGUCAUCUGUCUUCUCUUCCUCACUCCCGUCCCCAGUGAACUCCCCACCCAACUCUCCCAGGCCCCCCACGGACUCCUUGGACUGGCUGGAAGUUCUGAGUGGGGGACCUCCGCUGGGUUCCGGCCCACCGGCCCCCAGUAUCUUCUCCGCUGAUUUGUCUGACUCUAGCAGCACCCGGCUGUGGGACCUGCUGGAGGACCCAUGGUGAUGGGUUUCUGGGUUUUCCAGGGACUGAGAGCUGAGGGCGGUGUGUGUGUGGAAAGAUCAGCAGAGCUCCCCCUCCCCGCAGCCCCCAAAGACGCAGAGGUCCUCACCGGACCCCUGAGCUGCUGACCAGCCAAUUGACUGGCUUCUGCCUGGGGAUCU